AUGGAUAUGGACGGGGUGGAUGUAAACGUUCCUAACAGAGACGGUGUGACACCUGUGAUGCUUGCUGUUAGAGACGUUGACCUUUUUGAGGGCAUAGCCAUAAUGUUGCCAUGGGAACACAGACCUGUCGACGUAGUAGAGGAGCUGCUGAGACACUCAGUUGAUCUACAGGUACGAGACCACAGUGGCUCUUCUGCUCUGAAGUAUGCUGCUAAUAUAGGCAGCCCUCUGAAGGACAAGAUCAUUUUCAUGAUGGUUGAAGGACCAAGUCAUUCAGAUGCUUCCUCCAUGUCAUCCUCAGCCUCUGACAAGGACUCAUGGCAGAAUUUGGAGUCUGAGUUUGGAGAUUCAGACAACGAAUUGGACCUUGAGAGCAUUUAUCCCCAUCUGUCAACAGCUGCCUCCCCUACACAGAGAGGAACCCAUCAACACAGCCUUCAACACAGUCAGACAGGGGAAGUGCUGGACUCUCCAGGACACCCUCCUCUAUCUGACCACCGUAAAAGCCUCAGUGAAGAUAAGGGAGUUCCCCUCUGUUUGGAAAACGCCAUGGAAACACUGAGUGACAUCAGGCAAAUCUACCAGGAUGCAGGGAGAGGCUCAAGCAGAGGAGGUUUGUCGCUGCCAAGCCUCAGAGACAACAGCAGACGCUGGAGCCACCUGGAUCCUGCACCUUCAACCAGUUUGCUAAGUACAAGGACUUCCUGCCUGCCAGUACCCCCUAAACAAAGACAGAGAACGAGAAGUGUGUUUAUUGUGUCUCCAUCCAUCCCUGGCCGUCUGUCUGUGGGUGAGCCCAGCCAGCUCAGCCAAUCAGCACCCAGCAUCAUGGAACCACUUCUAAAUUCAAACACCAUGAUGCAAGCCAGAGCACACAUCCAGACACGACUUGGUUCUCAAGAUACUUUAAAAAAGCUCUCUCCAAAUAUCUUGCCAACACCUCAUCCAAGAACACCCAAACUGUUGGCACCACUAGAGAGCAGGCGCAGGGAUGUUGCACUUCUGCCAGGACUCAAGCACCAAGUUCCCCUGAAACCCAUCAGCCGGAGUCCACUUUGCUCUAGGGCCAGGCUAAGGAGAGACAGACUCUCUGGAGGACUUGCCAAGGGUGGGAGCGAGGAGAGCGGGUCCAGCAGCAGCAUCAGCAGCCAAAGCUCCAUUGACCUGGAAGAUGAUGAGGUGGAAUACAAGAACAAUUUGGACACUUCACAAAGUGCAGUUCUGCUUGGCUCUGGGAUGAUUGUGGAUGACGCUAUCACAUGGACAAAGGGGGAAAUACUCGGCAGAGGAGCCUAUGGGACUGUAUACUGCGGCCUUACCAGCCAGGGUAGGCUAAUAGCUGUGAAGCAGGUGAGUCUGGACACUUCUGACCCCGAUGCUGCAAAGAGAGAGUACAGUCGUCUGCAAGGGGAAGUGGAUCUUCUUAAAACCUUAAGACACAGCAACAUUGUGGGCUUCCUUGGGACCUCACUUUAUCAGCAUGUAGUUUCCAUCUUCAUGGAAUACAUCCCCGGUGGAUCCAUCGCAAGCAUCCUCCACAGGUUCGGUCCCCUGCCUGAGCGUGUCCUGGCACUUUACACCCAUCAGAUCCUGGAAGGGGUGACCUACCUCCAUCUGAACAGGGUGAUUCAUCGGGACUUGAAGGGAAAUAAUGUCAUGCUGAUGCCAACUGGUGUCAUCAAGCUCAUAGACUUUGGGUGUGCACGUCGUCUCAGUUGCCUGAACCACACCGCCAGCAACAGUGGAGAUCUCCUCAAAUCCGUCCAUGGUACACCUUACUGGAUGGCUCCAGAGGUUAUCAAUGAAACAGGAUAUGGCAGGAAGUCAGAUAUUUGGAGUGUUGGUUGUACCGUGUUUGAGAUGGCCACAGGGAAACCACCACUGGCUCACAUGGAUAAGAUGGCUGCCUUGUUCUACAUUGGGGCUAAAAGAGGGUUGAUGCCAUCCUUACCAGAUGGGUUUUCAGCUAAUGCAAAAGAUUUUGUCAAAAUCUGUUUGACAAGUGACCCAAAACUGCGUCCAUCUGCAGAGCAGCUGUUGGAGCAUCCGUUCAUCUCCCAGAAGAGGACCAGCGUGAACUCGUGGGAAACGCAGAGAAAGAAUUGCUGCGGUCAACCGGAGGGGCUUUGUAGAUAACAGAAACCACCUAGUUAGAGUUUAUUCAGUGUAGAGCAGGGGUGUCAAACUCAAUCACAACAGGGCCAGAUUCUGAAUUUAGGUCUGACCUGAGAGCCUAACAGGUCAACAUCUAAUAUUAAUAUCUUGGAUUUAUAUAGCACCUUUCAAGGAACCCAAGGAUGUUGUACAAGAACACAUAAGACAUAGACAAACUAUGUGAGGGACCAGAUGAGUUUAAGAGGUAGUUAAGUGAAGACUGUAGGUUGUGGUGAACAGGUGGUGCUUGAGACGCUAUUUAACCAUAAACUGUCAACCUAAUAUUCACCAGUAAUGAAUUAUGAAAACGAAAACACUUAGCACUACUGAAAAUGAUU